UGCUCAGUCGCCGGAGCCAGGGCUGCUCUCAAGUAGGAAGCUCGCGUGCUGCAGCCAGCAGCUGAUCGGGUUGCUCAGCGGACUGCGAGACCUGGGAGCCGGGUCCCCGAGCCGAUCCAACGCUGCGCAGCGCCGGUUGGAGCGUCUAUGAGGGAGCCGCUGUGCUCUCUAGCCAAGCAUGCUGUGGUCGGAUCUGCCCAGCCCUGGAAUAGAAACCUUUGCCGGAUGGAAAAUCCAUAAAAGAAAGCUCUUGUGAAAAGCUGAUUCUGACACCAACUAAGUGUGCCCAGGAGGAUAUUCUCCCCAAGCGACCCAAAAUAUCAUCCUCAUCACUAACAGCUAGCUAUCUCCCUGUAUCCUGGGUCCUCGGGAGUUCCUGAGUCCUCUGCUAACUCACUGACUGUCGCUAUGGGCAGAAGGUACCCAGAGACUUGUGGGUGUCCAGGCAGCCCAUAUUGCAAAUUAUAACCUGUUUCCUGCACCAUUGCUGACGCCCAGCCAUCCAUGUCAGAAGUACUUUCAGCUGACUCAGGUGUUGACACCUUGGCAGUGUUUAUGGCCAGCAGCGGAACCACAGACAUUGCAAAUCGGAACAGCCCAGCCACACCACCGAAUACCCUCAAUCUCCGUUCCUCCCACAAUGAACUGUUAAACGCUGAAAUCAAACACUCGGACAGCAAGAACAGCACACCCCCAAAAUGCAGGAAGAAAUACGCACUGACUAAUAUCCAGGCGGCCAUGGGCCUCUCAGAUCCAGCUGUUCAGCCUCUGGUGGGAAAUGGCUCUGCCAACAUCAAGCUGGUGAAAAAUGGGGAGAACCAGCUCCGCAAGGCCGCAGAGCAAGGGCAGCAGGACCCCAACAAAAACAUCAGCCCCUCAGCCGUCAUCAGCUUAACUUCUGAGAAGUUGGAGGUUAAAGAUCUCCAUCCUCAGGAGUCCUCGGGCUGCGAGAUUUUGCCCUCCCAGCCCAGGAGAACUAAGAGCUUCCUCAAUUACUAUGCAGACUUGGAAACCUCAGCUAGAGAGCUAGGGCAGAACCUGGACCCCUGCCAAGGAGUUGGGGAGGAGAAAGCCCAGCCAGGCCCGGGCCAGGCCCCGGUAGUCAUUGGGAAUGGUGACUUGCUACUGCAGAAAGCGAACAAACCCCAGUCUAGCCCAGAGGAUGGCCAAGUAGCCACCGUGUCAUCCAGCCCAGAGACCAAGAAGGACCACCCUAAAACAGGGGCCAAAACCGACUGUGCACUCCACCGGAUCCAGAACCUGGCCCCAAGUGAUGAGGAAUCCAGCUGGACAACACUGUCCCAAGACAGCGCCUCCCCCAGCUCUCCAGAUGAAACAGCAGAUAUCUGGAGUGAUCACUCAUUUCAGACAGAUCCGGAUUUGCCGCCUGGCUGGAAAAGAAUCAGUGACAUCGCUGGGACCUAUUACUGGCACAUCCCAACAGGAACCACUCAGUGGGAACGGCCUGUCUCCAUCCCGGGGGAUCGCCAUGGCUCUAGGAAAGGGUCACUCAGCUCUGUCACGCCAUCUCCCACCCCAGAGAACGAGAAACAGCCAUGGAGUGAUUUUGCUGUUCUGAAUGGGGGAAAGAUAAAUAGUGACAUUUGGAAGGAUUUGCACGCAGCCACAGUUAACCCAGACCCCAGUUUAAAAGAGUUUGAAGGAGCAACGCUACGCUAUGCAUCCUUGAAACUCAGAAGCGCCCCUCAUGCUGAUGACGAUGAUUCUUGUAGUAUCAACAGUGACCCCGAAACCAAGUGCUUCGCUGUGCGCUCCCUGGGCUGGGUAGAGAUGGCAGAGGAAGACCUUGCCCCUGGGAAGAGCAGCGUCGCUGUCAACAACUGUAUCCGGCAGCUCUCCUACUGCAAAAAUGACAUCCGGGACACGGUUGGCAUUUGGGGAGAGGGUAAAGACAUGUAUCUGAUCCUGGAAAACGACAUGCUCAGCCUGGUGGACCCCAUGGACCGUUCCGUGCUGCACUCCCAGCCCAUCGUGAGCAUCCGCGUGUGGGGUGUGGGCCGAGACAAUGGCCGGGACUUUGCUUAUGUAGCAAGAGAUAAAGAUACAAGGAUUCUGAAAUGUCACGUGUUUCGAUGUGACACACCAGCAAAAGCCAUCGCCACAAGUCUCCACGAAAUCUGCUCCAAGAUUAUGGCUGAACGGAAAAAUGCCAAAGCCCUGGCCUGCAGUUCCUUACAGGAGAGGACCAACGUCAGUCUUGACGUCCCUUUGCAAGUAGAUUUCCCAACACCAAAGACGGAGCUGGUACAGAAGUUCCAUGUGCAGUACCUGGGCGUGCUACCUGUGGACAGACCUGUCGGCAUGGACACCCUGAACAGCGCCAUAGAAAGUCUUAUAACCUCCUCCAGCAAGGAGGAUUGGCCUUCGGUGAACAUGAGCGUGGCAGACGCCACGGUAACGGUCAUCAGUGAAAAGAGUGAAGAGGAAAUCUUGGUGGAGUGCCGAGUGCGGUUUCUGUCCUUCAUGGGUGUCGGGAAGGAUGUCCAUACAUUUGCCUUCAUCAUGGACACCGGGAACCAGCGCUUUGAGUGCCAUGUGUUCUGGUGUGAGCCUAAUGCCGCCAACGUGUCGGAAGCUGUCCAGGCUGCCUGCAUGUUGCGGUAUCAGAAGUGCUUGGUAGCCAGGCCGCCCUCACAGAAGGCCCGACCUCCGCCCCCGCCAGCGGACUCCGUGACGAGAAGAGUCACCACUAACGUAAAACGAGGGGUCUUGUCUCUCAUUGACACUUUGAAACAGAAACGUCCUGUCACAGAGACGCCCUAGCAGCUCGGGGCUCAAGGAUUCUGUCGUUUUUACCUGAAGAUCGGAUAGCCACACCGGGGGAGGCCAAACCCCUGGCCUUCCUUGCCGCUGCGGGUGCUUUGUCUCCGGAGAACUCACCCUUAAACCAGACAGUGUUAGACGAGCAUGUGGUCUUGCCACCGUCACGUGAUGCGGAAAGAAGCAUGACUUGUUUGUUUUCUUUUUUUUCUCUAAGUUACAUCCUGAGCCGUGGAAGGUCUUUUUCUUCCUGUAAAUAUUGUGACCAGGACUGUGUGCGCACGCGCACACGCUCGCACAGAAGAAUAUGGCCACACUCUUCCUAGAGGACUAACGCCGUGUCGCUGCAGUGAGCGAUGCCCAGGUCCCUUCCGCCGCCCCCUGGACCGGAUCUAUCACGAGCAACCUUGGGGUCCCCUCGGCACUUUGCCCAGUUUUCAGCUUCUAAGACGUUCAGACCCUGAGUAACAGAUACCAUUGAAUUGCUGUAAAAGUGGGGUGACACGUUUGGGUUUGGGUUUUUUUUUCAUAAAGAGAACCUGUCGGUUGACCAGAAUUGGCUGUCGGCGUCAGUCCAGACAUCAGUGAGUCAGUUUCCUCAGCAAGCUCUCUAGAGCGUGGACACUGUUUCAUGUCUACGGCUGUUUGGGGUGCUGGGCAAAGGACAACUUUAAAAAUCGAUAGAAAGCUUAAUUUGAGGAAUUAAAAUCAAGCAAAAAAGAAAAAAAACAUAGCCUUUCUUUUCAGAUGGUUUUCAGACCGUUAUUUUAAAAAAGAGAUUAGCAGUCAUGAUGCAUUUGGGAUGGGAGGAAGUUCAAUUCUGCCUUACAUUAUACAAUGCAACUAGAGAAUUAAAGUAUUCUAUGGCCAUUCUCUACCCACACCUGAAAAUGAAAUAUUCCUACAUUUCCCAUCCUUAGUUUGAUAACGAGCUAAUAUGCAAUCUUAGAGUUGAGGAAAUGUCAUUUAUAUCUCCGUCACACACUAUUGUUUUAGAUCUCUAGCGUGUGAUUCGUGUUCGUCCGCAUCCUGGAGGUCAGUGCACUCCUAGGGACCCCUAACUGCCCCACCCUUUCUCUAUGCUUUUUGUCCAGAAAGCUGUCUAUCCGUCGUGUAUUGUCCAUGGCAACAAAUUUAAGUUUGAUUUUUUUUUCUUGAAUUUAUGUAUUUAAUGUUAGCAGUUUGGUAAGACUUGACCAGACACGUUUUUAAACUUCUAUUUUUCCAUUUUACUUUCAAGCUUUAAUUUUUUUUUUUUUCUUAUCCAAGCAAAAUACACUCAAAAAUAAUGGAUUGUUUUAUGGUGUCCUCCACAUACCAUUCUCUUUGCCUCUUUGUAGCUAAGAAAUCUAACCAUAAAGUCGCACAGAUUUAGACUCUGGUUGACAUUAUUUUAAAAGGUAGUUGCAAAAGAGAUCAAUCUCAUUAGUCAUGUUUACUUUUAAUGUCAAAGCUAAUAUCCAGUUAUACAAGUAACGCUUGUAAGUUUCCACACUGUCUGUAACCUGUCCGGAUGGUUUCUGCAGUUUUAUCACAUUUGAGCCUUAUAAGGUGGAAAAGGCGCUAAACUCACUGGAGAAAUCAAGACACCCAAGCACCAAGAGGCUGGACUGUGGCCUAGGGUCUCACCAAAGUUCAUGAGAGCCAGAGUCAGGGUCCACAUCUCCCAGCUUUUGCCACAUUAUCCUCCUCCUCCAUGCAGUCAGGAAGAGCCUUCACAAACAACUCUGGUUCCACGCAGAGAACAGAUAAUGGAAAUAUGGCCAGGCGAUUUCAGAAUUUCCGAGUGAGUUAAGGAAAUGUCCAAUUUGUCUACCCAGCAGCUUUUAUUGUAAGGCGAUUGUCUUUUGUCAGUCAAGGACCGUGUUCCUUGGAUGUGUUGUAGAAGACAAAUGUCUGUCCUCAGAGCCUGUUCCACUCUGAGGUUUUCUAGAGAUUAUGUUCCUUGUGGUAGCAACAUUCCCAGCUGUGGCACUUAGCCAUCACAGCGCGUGACAAAGCGGGUGACCGAGCCCUCUGCCUGUGGGUCCCCCAGAAACUCACAGAGUCUCAGAUACAGAGAACCUGGAAUUGUUCUCUGGCAUCCUAAUGUUACAGUAAAAGGGAUGCUAUCUGAGAAAAUGUGUUAAACUUGGUGCCAACUUGCACACAAGCUGAAGUCACCAGUGCCAUCUUAAAAAAAAUAAGAAAACCAUAUUGUGCCCAGAGAAAAGCUGUUCAACAUCCAUUUACCGUGGCCCCUCACCUUGAGCUCCAUAGUGAAAUGUUUUAGUGCAUUUGCCUUCAAAACUCUAAAGCAAUCCACAUUUCUAGGGGAAGUCUCUACCUAAACCCUGUUCGUCUUUAAGACAUACGUUUGUUUGUUUUCAGGAUCAAGAAUACUGAGCUAGCUUUAAGUAGCAAAUGGACUUAUAUAUGCAAUUUUAGGAUGCAGUAAGAUGAAAGAUAGCCUUUUACCUAUGACAUGCUUUCACUGCGGAUGUUCUGUUUUGAAAAUAGCUUCACGUACUAAAUGCAGGUUGAUUCUGUAAAAUUAUGUUAAACAGUAUGUCCAGACACUUUCUGCCAUGGCCAAAAAGUAUGUAUGAAAGUGUGUUUGUAUUUGUUCGUGAAAGGAUGCCAGUGUUUUACCUGAGCUCUUAGUGCUACUUCGGUUAUCUAUGCAUUCUUUGUAUCUGCGGUUUGGUAAACAGGCAGCCAUGCUCACUAUGCCUUGUAUGUCUUGUCAUUUUUUUUAAUUAACCUGUUAAAUACAGCUUAAACUAUUUUUAUUUUAUUUAUUCUAUUUUUACUGAAAUAUACCGCAUUAUUGUGUUGAUGUAUUAUCUUUACUGGGUAUAAUGUCAAUGUAUCCAGGCCUAAGUAAUCUCAGUGAACGAUUAUACGUUGCCUAAAAAGUGGUUUUGUAAUGACUCCUAGUCACGUUUCUAUUGGAAUAUGUAGGGGGGGAAAUGGCAAAACGCUUAUAGUUUCUUUUAUUUUUUAAAAGCAGCUAGGUAGAUGCAUUCUUACCACCUCACCUGCGCGCUCCUUGGCCGUGUCAAGGGGCAGCCAGCACGCCUGUAUGGCUGAGAAUUCUUCGUAGACUAAGGCGCUGUGCGGUGCUUCAUUUUUAUAUCCCUCACAGCACAUGGGAUCUCAUCAAAAAGAUACACAGAUAGCCACAUGCCCUCUGUUUCCACCUGGAUUUACGACCACCCGUAGCUACUGAGAACCAUUGUUUUGUUUACUUGUCUGUCUGUCGUAUUGCAUGAAGGGACGUUAGACCCAUUUCCAUUAAAACACGUUCUUGGUGGCACAACUAUUGGCACUGCUAGUUUUUUUGUUUUUUUUUUUUAAUCCACGUUAGGCAUUUUUAAGAAGGACAGAGAAUAAACCACUCGAAACUGGGUCACUUGCUUGGAGACGCAGAACUUCCCUCCGUGGGUGGCACACUCAGUUCACAAGCAUUUGCAACACAAGAUUUCAAAAAGCGUCUCCCCGGCAUUAGCAGUUUAGUCCAACCGCACCGCAAAGCUCUCUGGCUGGCUGGGUUUCACCUAACAUCUGAUGUGCUUACAGCCAGCAGGAAAGUAAUUGGACUUUGUUUCAGCAUGCUGGGGGUAUGGCUCAGUGGUGGAGAGCUCGUACGACAGGUGCGGGGAUCGGAGUUUAAUGACUGGAACCGCAGUUGGGGGUUGGGGGAGGGCAGGGAGGGAAGGCAAAGAUGUUGGCUGGCACCGUCAGAACAUGGCCAGGCAGCCAACACCGGCCACUUCCUCCUGAAAGGAGAUCUUGUCUCUUUUUGAUGCCUUUUGCUGUUGGCGACGCUUACACAUUUACAUCUAAAAUGUGAAAAUAAAUGUGGCUGGGUACAGCCGUUGACUCGUUUGUCUGGCAGCACGGCCACACACAUACAAGAAACAGAAAUACAAAUUUGGUGUCUCUGCAGUAGUUGUUUUAUUUUUGUAUUAUUACUGCUUCAAAUUAAACUUUUAAAAAAGUCA